CAAUGAGCACUCGAGGUAGUUGUCUAUGCUUGCGCAUUGUUGAUGCUUGCGCCCUCCGCCCGGAAUUACUUUCAUAGAAAUGUAUAAAAAUGAAUGUAUCUAGAACUAAAAAUGCAUCUAGAUAAUUUAUUUCUCUGACAAGUAUUUUCAGACUGAGGGAGUACUUGCAGUUCAGGACCAACAUACAAAGAUAUUCUAAUGCAGAAUGUAGAGAACCAAUAAAGCAAAGCAACACUACUGUGGCAGAAAUUCUGAGCACAUUGCAUUUGUUUUACACAAACCAAUGGAGUAAAGUGAACUUGUGUGUCGUUUCAAGUUUGUCUUUGGGUCCCCCACAUCUUUUCUUUCUCUCUCUUGUGGGUACCAUUCAUUUCCGCAUCAAAGCUCGGGUCAUCAUUUAGUUAAGAAAUAAAGAUGCCCUGCUAUUAGUGUGCUUUGUCAGAAAGUUCAAUUAGCUGUCGCUAUUAUUAUACGUUAACCAAGAACAAUGCUAGCUGGAGUGAGUAAUUUAUUUCUAAUUGGGCUCAGCUAAUUGUCUAAACUGGAUACCUUGCCAGUGCUGAGUUUUUGCAAGAUCAAUGUGAUUGGUUGAAGAAGUGCAGACCAAUCUCUAUUCCUACAGUUAGACACAUGAUGCUCAUUUUAAUGCAUGUUAAAACAAAAGCUCUACUCCUGAAAAGUAGUGUUAUUUUAUUAAGUACAACCAUCAAUUAUCGAUGCAAUCGACCAAGCACUUGCCCCCAAAAUUCCAUACCAUACAUUGGGUUACAUUUUCUAAAGCAGGCAUCUGCGCAUCUAGCUUGCUCACACCAUUCUCUUCUCAACCCUGGACUGCAAUUGUGUUUCCCUGUGUUCUGCGUGUGUUGCGAGCUUUGAGCAUUCCAACAGCAGAGCUGUGGCCGCUGCUGUUUGAAGGAGAAGGUUUCCAGCUAACUCCAGGACCAGUACAAGAUAUGAGGCGUGUGACGGCAUCCCUUGGUCCUGAUCUCUGAAGUUUGGUCGCUUGGGAGAACACCAUGUAUGCUCUUUUGGUGUUUGGUGUUGAGGUUGAGGUUCACUGUCUUAGAUUUCACUGCUGUUUUGGUCCUGCUUGCCGCCAACAACACCAGCUUCUAUCCGUCACAACCAAUUGAUCAACACAAACAUCCUGCAAUGGCUGAACUGCAGCACUGAUUCCCCGCCAUUCCACAUCUGAACUGCAGCUCUGAUUGCAUGUGUUCUCCGGCCCCUUCUCUAGGUUCAGCACCAAGGAUCUUGCGGUGGGGUGUGCUAAGCUGUGAUCUCUGAUCAGUUCGAUGGCAGAGCUGGUGUGCGCGUGCUUCCUGCCGUGGAUGGAUGCAGAGCUCGUGGUCAGCAUAUGCCUGGGGCGAGCGUUCGUCGGAUGCCUGUUCAGCGGUUCCGUCGCCGACGGAAUCGGCCGGCGCCGCGCUUUUCAGCUCAGCGCGCUGCCCAUGAUCAUGGGAGCCGCCUUAAGCUGCCCUUGGUUCGAUUCCUCCCAAGAGCGGAUCUGCGCCAAAGGGCAACUUUUCUUGCUCACGCGGAUAACGGUCACUGGCUGCUCCACAACAACGACAAGCACGACGGCCUUGACGAAGUUGUCUGCCGCCGACACCGAAGAGCAAGCCCGCCUUCUCCAGACUUGCAUGACGGGAGGGGAGGGGGCGACCACUGCCUCCUUCACACACCAAGCCGCCGACACCGAAGAGCAAGCCCGCCUUCUCCAAAGUUUGCAAAGAAGCUUUACGUUCAGGGCAUGGUUGUUUGUAGAGAGUGGCGGACACUACUUUGAUCCUUUGACAUAUAGUUCUUCAUAAUGUGAUAGUGUAUAGGCCUUCUUUCUGGGGACCUACUGCUCAACUACUGCACUCCUUGGCUGCUAUCGAUCAAAAAAUUUACAAAUCUGUCUA